AUGGCUUUCCGCGUCUUCUUCAAAAUCACUACCGUAAGCGAGUUAGUGGUAACGAUAGCAGCUGUAUUUUUACUUCAAAGAAGUACUAGUUUUCAGGUGCUCAUUGGCCACGAAUCAUUUGCCCUCGAAAAGCCUCUGCCAAAUAAUCAUCGAUUCCGAUGGAUUCUUUUCGUACGCCCUAUCAUAGGGUCAAAGUUUACGGACAGAACAUUCCUUAGCAAGGUGGAAGUGGAAUUGCAUCCUACAUUUGCAAAUCCUUUUCGAGUGCUCAAAGAGCCACCGUUCGAACUAGAAGAAACCGGUUAUGCAUCGUUCACGCCAAAGCUAAUUAUUCAUUUCAACACUCCCCAUGCUAAGCCGUAUCCUGUCCAAUAUGACAUGAAUCUCAAGCUUGAGAAGCAUGCAUUCCAUCAACAAGAAAUGACGUUUGCCAUGUCGGAUGUGACGCCAUCGUUUCUUGAGCUGGUCAGACGCUUCUGUGGAUCCACGGAUGGGAAGCGGAAGAAGCGGGACGCCGACGGAUCGGCUAAUCGCACGAAAAAGCCCAAACCAGACGAGGGAAAGAAUCACAAUGACUAUGGUGUAAAAGAAGGGAAGGAAAGUGAAAAGAAGAAGGACGCUGGACGAGAUAAUGAAAAGAAUAAAAAGAAAACGAAGCGCUCAUCUAAAGACUUGACGGAAGGAACAGAUCGUGAAAUGGUCCCUAUUCGUGAUGUAUCACCAGAAUCAAUGCCAGUGGAUACCUCAGCAGUUCGACAAACAAUCACACCCCAACGUCCAAUCAAGGUGGCACCAAAUAAGGCUGAGGAUCGCGGUCAGGACAGCUCUAAUGAUUCGUCUUCUGUGUUUGAUUCUUCUCCAUCGUCAUCAUCUUCUAUUGGAGCUGCUAGUCCUCCAUCUCGAAGAGCACUGCCACUUCCUGAACUGCAUCGUCGCUUGACGUCUCUUACAGAUGAUAAUUUGAUAUUCAGGUAA